AUGUUCGGCCACGAAAGUUGCGAACUUGCCGGCAACAGCGCUCCAGGAAAUAUGGUCAUAUAUGGAAACGAGGACCUGGGCGCUUAUCGCCUUGCGACGGACGAAAGGACUGGGCGUGUGCACACCAAGAAACAUUUGAAGCCUAAGGCGAGCCAUAUCAUCCCUACCACGGAAAGUCGCACUGGGUACAUGUCAGCGAUGACAGGUUGUGUGACGAACGAUUCAAGGUUCCAUGGACUCGUCGAUCGCGAUCUCGACAACUGUGACUGGCCUCCAAGCCCCGAUGGCUGCGGCGGGCAAAAACCCGUCAGCCGGCAGUACUCCCAAAUGUCGCGACAAUGCCCGCUCUCGCUACUUCUGCACGUGGGGGACCUUUAA